CUGAAAACUGCUGAUUCAGCGGAGUGGAAACGGGACACCGGCGUGGAGUCAGACUCCGGCAGCCGGUUCGGGCCCGACCUACGACCCAGAAACCCAAAGCCCCGGGAGACCCCCUCCCUUCGGCCCGCCGUCCAGAUCCCAAAAUGGCCGAUGAGGGGAAACCGAAACCUGAGCUCAGCGUGCUGGUUUCAGCUGAAAAAGUCCUCCACCUUUGUGGGCCCGCGAACACUGACGCAGCUGUGCCCUCGGCCUGGAGUCACUGCGUGUCACCGACCUCUUUCCCGAGACGGCCAGCCCGACCACACGCCCACAGGCCUCGGCCAAUCAGCUCCCAGAUUCAGAACGCGUCCGACCGAGGUGGGUGGGCGUUUGGAGGCCCAGACCUGGUCCUCUGGUAUGUGCGAGUUUCCCCUCAACUUUCUCGUGUUUCGCGGCGAGCGGCCACCGGUUCAAGCUAACAGCGAGACGCCGGCGGCCUUGUUUUUCUGCUCGGGUUUCCUCCUCAUGGCUCAUUUCCAUGACGACCCCCUGAUUGGCCGCUUCGCCUCCCCAAGCUCGAAUGUGAUUCGCCCGGAUUUCUGUCCAGCAGAUCCAUCCUCCGCUCUGAUUGGCUGCCGCUCCGCGCUGCAGAGCUGUCUCUUUAUCAAUGCAGACCCUGUUAAAAAUGCUUUACUUUUCCCAAGAAAGGCGGCCAAACGACACGUAACCCACAAAAACCGAUGCCUGUCUGUCUUUCGGGGGGUUCCGAGAUGGAUCGGAGGAGCCUCCAGCGUGGUCGUAGGACACCCGCUGGACACAGUGAAGGUAUUUCAGACCUGGGGGAUGAUGCAUCUACAGGAAGGAGACGGUAAGCACCCCCACCCUCCCCUCAGCUGGGAAUGGAGGUCCAGACCCUCCAGGGGGGGGCGUUUCCCAGAGCCCAGCGGGCCGGAGUCGGGUCAAACUCUGAAGCGGCUGUUCUCCUCUCAGGUGGCCGGCUUCUUUAAGGGCAUGUCUUUCCCGCUGGCCAGCAUCACCGUCUACAACUCGGUUGUGUUUGGCUUCUUCAGCAACGUUCAACGGCUCAUCAGCACCUAUCGCUACGGCGACGGGCGCCACCCCUGCGGGCUGCUGGACCUGACGGUGGCCAGCAUGCUGACGGGGCUGAUGUCCGUGGGGCUGGGGGCGCCGGUGGAUCUGGUCAAGAUCCGCCUGCAGAUGCAGACGCAGCCGGUCCUGGCUGAGAACCUGCACCUGGCGGGGACGGGCCUCCGGCAGUGCUCGCUGCAGCUGACCGGCCGGCGGCCGCACCGCGGCCCCCUGCAGUGCGUCAGCAGCAUCCUGCAGGCCGAGGGCCCCCAGGGGCUGUACCGGGGGGCCGGCGCCAUGGUCCUGAGGGACGUGCCGGGCUACACGCUCUACUUCCUGCCCUACGCCGUGCUCUGCGACCUGCUGAGGCCCGACGGCUCGGCCAGCCCCCACCCCGGCGCCAUCUGGCUGGCCGGAGGACUGGCAGGGUCCAUCUCCUGGGUGACGGCCACGCCGGCCGACGUGGUGAAGAGCCGGAUGCAGGCCGACGCCCAGCUGCAGAGGAAGUACCGGGGAGUGCUCCACUGCAUCGAGGAGAGCUACCGGACGGAGGGGGCACAGGUCUUCUUCAGGGGGGCCUCAGUAAACGCCAUCCGGGGCUUCCCCAUGAGCUCCACCAUGUUCCUGACCUACGAGCUCUCUCUGCAGUUCUUCAGGAGCUUUUAGGACCGCGGUCCAAAAAGGAAACACACUCGGUUUCUUUGGUAAAUGGGAAUGCAUGGGGGUGGAGGGGGGGGCGUUAGUUUCUGUCUGUGAGAGAGGAGACGUCUGGGGCAUUUUUAUUCAGAGCUAAAUGCUGCCAGCAGCAGGAACAAUUCAACUUAAGCUAACCCAGAACCCAGAAGGAGGGGGGGGGGCUCAGGUUUGGAAACUAAACUCGG